UUGUAUUUUUGUAUGUUGAUUCACGUAAAAACUAUUGGGCCGAUUUUAAAAAUUCCUUCACAAUUAGAAAGGUUAUUUAUCAGUAACAAGUUUUUUCAUGACUUCAAUUUAACAUAUACAACGUCGUGAGCAACAACUAGUGAUUACCAAGAAUUGUGAAACAUCCAUAUAAUUAAAAUAAUACCACAAUUUUCUAAUUAAAAUAUAACUGUCCAAUUUGACAUAUAUUAAUAAUUCAGUUUUUAUAGAUCCUUUGAAGUGUGAAAGAGCAACACUCUUAUUAUAUAACUCAUGUGUUAGGAAGGACACAAAUAUCAACCAUCCAAGGUAACACUUAGUGUUGAAAGAACUCUCCGGAAUUAUGUAACUUUAAAAUAAACAUAUUCCAUCUUGCAAACAAGACUUUUUUAUCUUCUUAUUUUGGGUGCAAUUUCUACAUACACCAAGUUGAAAUGUAUUUAGAUAGACAAGGACGAGACAUGGACAUUGAAAAACAGCUUGUAGAUAAAGAUUUUUUAAGUUUCAUGCCCUCCCGCUAUUGUCAAGCAUCAAAUAAAAAUCUUUCCUAACAAGAUGUACAGAGCAAACUGAAACUCUGCACAUAUAGAAUACAGAAUAAACGACUGCUCUUAAAAUCGUAAAAAAAUACUGUCGCCUACAUACUCUGCAAGACAUGAUAAGACAAAGUGUCGGCUGGACAGAUUCGAAAGAUCCAUUAAUAGCCCACGCGUAAAAUACGCUCUCAUCAUCCAACAGACAGCUAAUCCAUUAUCAAUAGGUAACAGAUACCACAAUUAAACCAUGAACCAUUUGACCAAAACUAUUUUUUAGACCAAAAUAUGCCAGAAACAGACCAAAAUCAUGUUCAUCCAGUGCGAUAAUUUGAUAAACCAAAAAUGUGCUGUACAACUUUGUAAGACGAAACAACAAUGGGAGAUUUUAGCAUUUUGAUGACAUAACUACUAAAUUGUAAUUUAUAAAAAUCCACGAAACACAAUACAAAUGAAAGCCACACGACACACCUCUUGCUGUUUUACUGUCAAAAAUGGGUUGAAAAUGGUCGACCGAUCGAUUUGAUGACAGCAGUGUUGCCAAUGAAACUUGGUAUACCCGGUACAUUGCGUGAAAAAGUCUUGUUUGUAUUGAAAUAGGUGAAAACCUUAAAAGAAUUUAAUUAACAUUAGAUGCCCAAAUGUGUUGAAAAUGUCCCCUCUUUAUUUUCUAAAAUUCACAAUAUAUUUGAACGUAAACAUUUGAGAUCCUAGCGCCACCAGUGUUAGGAUUUAUUUUUUUCACUGGUGUUUCUGAUCACUGUUGAUCUUUACCCAUUCAAACACAACUCCAACGAUGGUAGAGCCCGCUUUAACAUUUUUGCACGAACAGGUUGGCUGGCCCGGUGUAAUACCAACCACGACCACACAGAGGACAGGCGUGAAGUGGGUUGAAUUCCGUUGAAACCCAACUUUACUCCCCAUCCCACCCUUUUUCUUAUUAGAAAAGGAUUGGGAAGGAACGUGGAUUUGACGUUGCAGGAGAUGCAAAGUAAUGGGAAAUAUCCUCUUUAUGUGAGUCUCCUCCACCUUCAUUUAAGUGUUCGCAACGCAUCCGCUAUUCCGGAUGUCUAUAAGCAGCGGUCAAUUCAGCUGUCAAAAUUUUCAUUGGCAACACUGAUACCGAUUGACAGUGACAAUGAAAGCAAUUUGUGGAAGAUGUUUGGUUUGGUUUCGUUCGUUGUUUUAACUAAAUUAUUCACCUAUAUUUGAAAUUUCUGAAUGAAACAACGUUAAUUAUUCUUGUCUUAACAAUAUACAGUCCGAUGGAGAUUACUGACUGCGUUUUGUGUGUAGGAUGUCUUUGUGUUGGUCGAAAAAUGUUAAUACUCGAAGACUAUUGGAAGAAGAAAUGUUUCUUACAAAUUCUUAGUGAAAUACCGGUAUUGCAGAAUGAAAGUAUACCAAUGUCUCUGUGCUGGGAGUGUGAUGCAAUCAUAUCUCGCUUUACGAAAUUCCAACGACAAGUUAUUGAUUCCUUUGAAGUAUUUCAGAAUUAUUUGAAACAGAAUACAGAUCUAUCACAAAUAAGGACGACAUCAAGAUUAGAAACACACAAAAUAAUUGAUAUAAUAAUACCUGAUGAUUUGGUUGAUAUCAAAGUGGAAAAAGUAUGGGAUGUUGGAAUAGAUCAAAUCAAAACUGAAGAUUGUUCAGAGAAUACUGACGAUAGAGAGUUAGAAAUCAAAAGGAAGAAAUCACGUAAAUUGAAUAAGAAAUGUAAUAAAGUGUACAAGGAGAUAGAGUUAAGUGCAGAAGAGUUGGAUGUAGAAAGAAGAGUGUUGUUGUGUAAAGAAGAAUAUAUCAAUGCGGUGUUCAAAUGUGAUAAUUGUAUAACAGUGUUUCCGAAUGCAGAUGAUUUACAAGAUCACAUAUAUUUGAAACAUGAAGUGAAUGCAUCGAAAUUUAAAUGCGAUGUUUGUAAAUGUUCCUUCUCGACUGAAGUAUCGUAUAAUUACCAUAUAAAUAGACAUAAGAGGAGGUUUAAGUGUCAGUUAUGUGAGAAAAAUUUUAUAAGUAAAACAGCAGUCACAAAGCACUACAAUAUUGUACACAGUGUAGAUUAUAAUUGUCAAAUGGAAAGUAAAUUGAAUGAUGACCAGGAAGUGAUUGUUGAAGAAAUUCAAAAUAACAGUACAGAACAACCUUGUUUCCCUUGUGAACUUUGUGAGAAAACAUUUCGAUGGAAGACGUCUUUACGGAAACAUUUAGAAACGCAUCGUAUUGAAACGGGACAGAAAAGGAAGCCAUAUUGUGAAACGUGCAGAUUGUCUUUCACUACAACGUCUAAUUUACAAAAACAUAUAAAAACCAGUUCGAAACAUCAGAUAUUGCUGAAAGUCAGGAACUUAAAAGAUUUACCUCUAGAAGAGAAUCCGGAGAAGAAAAAGGACAGAAUAGAAGAGAUAAAAGCAUCAGUUAAUAAGCAGAGGGAGACAUUCCCCUGUCCACAGUGUGAUAAGAAAUUUCAAUGGAGAGGAAAUUUAGCGAGGCAUAUGGAAAGUCAUACUGCUAGAGCAAAGGGCGAUUUAAUCUGCGAGCCGUGUAAUAGAACAUUCUCGUCUAAAGCAACGUACGAACAGCAUAUGAAAGUCAGCAUGCGACAUGUCUCUGAGAAUGAUUUCAAAUACAUGUGCAGUGAAUGCGGCAAACGGUUUGCGAACAAAACUCGACUACGUGACCACGUGGAUUGGGAUCAUUUGAAGAACUACGUACAUAAAUGUACUGAAUGUCAGAAGGUAUUCAAGAGUCAUACGUCUCUGUAUCUCCAUAAACAGAAUGUCCAUGAGAAAGAUCAGGCCGGUCAUCUCUGCCAUCACUGCGGGAAAGCGUUUCCGAAUCAGGCGAAGCUCCGCGGCCACGUGUCGGGGCUGCACGCGCGCGAAGCCCCAUACAAGUGUGUCUCGUGCAGCGCGCGCUUCAGCUGGCACUCCUGUUUGUCCAGACAUGUGCGAAGAGUACACCGUAAAAGGGACACGUAAUAGGGAAUAUGCAUAUAUUUAUCUUUUUUUAAAUGAUUCUGCUUGUUAAAGAACCAGAUCAAAAAAUGACGCGAAGAUAUUCAACCAUUGAGCUAAAAGUAAUAAAAUUAAAUUACGACCAUUUACGAGCGACUAAAACGCGACCGGAGUUGUCAUGAGACAAUUGACGUCAUUCGUCUUAUUCCAUUCAAAACUUACGCUCAGAUGUCACUUCAAUGUAAAACACAACAAAGUAUCUCAAGGUCAAAAAGUCAAAAAUCGAUUAAUUUUUAU